AUGUGGAAGUUGAAGAUAGCAAAUGGAAACAAAGAGGAGCCCUACUUGUUCAGCACCAACAACUUCCUUGGACGGCAGACAUGGGAGUUUGAUCCAGACGCCGGCACAGCGGAGGAACGAGCCGCCGUCGAAGAAGCUCGCCGGAAUUUUUUUGAUGAUCGUUUUCGGGUUAAAGCUAGCAGCGACCUCAUAUGGCGUAUGCAGUUUUUGAAGGAGAAGAAAUUCGAGGAAUCUAUACCUCCGGCUCCGGUGAAGGUUGAAGACGCCAAGAAAAUCACGAGCGAAGCAGCUACAAAUGCGUUAAGGAGAGGAGUCAAUUUCUUAUCGGCAUUGCAGGCCAGUGAUGGCCACUGGCCUGCCGAAAAUGCUGGUCCCUUGUUCUUCCUUCCACCACUGGUUUUCUGUUUAUUCGUCACUGGACAUCUCCAGGAGAUAUUCACCAAAGAGCAUCUUCGAGAGACCCUCCGAUAUAUCUACUGUCACCAGAAUGAAGAUGGUGGGUGGGGAUUACAUAUAGAAGGCCACAGCACCAUGUUCUGCACCACACUAAACUACAUAUGCGUGCGCUUACUUGGAGAAGGUCCAAAUGGAGGACCGGGAAACGCCUGCGAACGUGCCAGGAAAUGGAUUCUUAGCCAUGGUGGUGCAACCUACAUACCAUCUUGGGGGAAAACUUGGCUUUCGAUACUCGGUGUAUUUGAUUGGUCAGGAAGCAACCCCAUGCCUCCAGAGUUUUGGAUCCUACCUUCGUUUCUUCCUAUACAUCCAGCGAAAAUGUGGUGUUACUGCCGGUUGGUUUACAUGCCAAUGUCUUAUCUUUAUGGGAAGAGAUUCGUUGGUCCAACAAGUCCUCUUAUUCUACAACUAAGGGAAGAAAUAUACUUACAACCUUAUGCAGAAAUAAACUGGAAUAGAGCACGCCAUCUAUGUGCAAAGGAAGAUGCGUACUAUCCCCGUCCACUGGUUCAAGAUGUUAUAUGGGACUGCCUUUACAUCUUCUCAGAGCCGUUUCUUACUUGUUGGCCAUUCAACAAGCUUCUUAGGGAAAAAGCUCUUGGGGUGACAAUGAAACAUAUACAUUAUGAAGACGAAAAUAGUCGUUAUAUCACCAUUGGAUGUGUUGAAAAGGCAUUAUGCAUGCUUGCAUGUUGGGUUGAAGACCCAAACGGAAUUUAUUUCAAGAAGCAUCUUUUGAGGAUUUCUGAUUACUUGUGGAUUGCAGAAGAUGGGAUGAAAAUGCAGAGCUUUGGAAGUCAAUUAUGGGAUUCUGGGUUUGCCCUCCAAGCUUUAGUUGCAAGUAAUCUCUCUAAUGAAAUCCCUGAUGUACUCAGGAGAGGAUAUGAAUUCCUUAAGAAUUCUCAGGUUAGAGAGAACCCUUCGUCCGACUUCACAAGCAUGCACCGUCAUAUCUCCAAAGGGUCUUGGACUUUCUCUGAUCGGGAUCAUGGAUGGCAAGCUUCUGAUUGCACAGCCGAAGGUUUAAAGUGUUGCCUGCUGCUCUCGAUGAUGCCACCUGACAUUAUUGGUCCGAAAAUGGAUCCCGAACAGUUAUAUGAGUCUGUUACUAUCCUACUGUCUCUACAGAGUAAAAAUGGAGGUGUAACUGCUUGGGAGCCUGCCCGUGGACAAGAAUGGUUGGAAUUGCUAAAUCCUACUGAAUUUUUUGCUGACAUCGUGGUUGAGCACGAGUACAAUGAGUGUACUUCAUCAACAAUCCAAGCUUUGGUUCUGUUCAAGCAACUAUACCCGAAGCACAGGACAGAAGAGAUCAACAGUUCCAUCAAGAAAGCCGUGCAAUACAUAGAGAACAUACAAAUGAUUGAUGGUUCAUGGUAUGGAAGCUGGGGAGUUUGUUUCACAUACAGUACAUGGUUUGGUCUGGGAGGCCUAGCAGCUGCUGGAAAGACGUACAAUAACUGUUUGGCUAUGCGUAAAGGCGUUCAUUUCCUUCUCACAACCCAGAAAGAUAAUGGAGGUUGGGGUGAAAGCUACUUGUCAUGUUCCAGAAAGAGAUACAUUCCAAGUGAAGGGGAGAGAUCAAACUUGGUGCAAACCUCUUGGGCAAUGAUGGGUUUACUUCAUGCUGGACAGGCUGAGAGAGAUCCAACUCCUCUUCACCGGGCUGCAAAACUCUUAAUUAACUCCCAACUAGAGAAUGGCGAUUUUCCUCAGCAGGAGAUAACAGGAGCUUUCAUGAAGAACUGCUUGUUACACUACGCAGCAUACAGAAACAUCUUCCCAGUGUGGGCGCUCGCAGAGUAUAGGAGACGAGUUCCAUUGCCAUACGAAAAACCUUGAAAAGAGAGAAGCUAAAGAAGAUUCAUCUUAAUUUCAAACUCUUAAUUAGGAUCACUUUGUUACAACCUAUUGUAUUUAUAUGUAAGUGGCUGGUGUUUUCUACUGAAUAAGCAAACUAAUGAUCAAUAAUUAUACAUACA